AUGAAGGUAUCAUUCGACUUCUUUGAAAUAUAUACCUUUUUUAAACAAUUUCCACCUAAACCGGUUUUUAAAAUGAGUCGAGAAGUAAACUCAUCCAGUCUUAUGGUGAGCUCAUGCCGUUGCUCUUGAUAUCACGGAAACAUUCGAUCAGCUGUGGCAUACUGCCUGAGCAAACUUCCAUGCUAUGGCCUCCCAGAGAAGCUUUGCAGAUGGGUGGCAGACUUUCUCUCUGGUCGCAACAUAUCUGUCGUAAUUGACGGUUUCGCCUCUUCAUCCCACAACGACAACGCGGGUGUUCCCAAGGGAUCGAUCUUGGCUCCGCGACACUGUUCCUCUCUUCUCCUGCCGACUAAUCCUAUCCACAGUUUUGCUGAUGACAGCAUUCCUGCAGGAAUCAGAGCGACAAUCCAAUCUCUGCCGGUGAGCUGGAAAAAAAAGGGCUAGCAGCGACUGUCCCUCUAACGAGAGACCUGAAGGUUAUCACUGCUUGAGAACGCAACAAUCUUGUACAGUUACAUGCUUCCAAAACACAGUACUGUACCUUGACGUCUUCUACCGCUACACCAGUGGGCUUUGCUCCUGCUCUCCUCCAUGACGCUGCCGCACGAUGUACCUGCCAGACAGACCCGCCUGGCUUCCUGUCCCAUCGUAACCACGAACUUCGUACAUGCAGAACUGGCCCAUAAGACCGCUAUCUUGCCCUAGGGUGUCGAGAUUGUGGAACAAUCUACAAGAGGUUUUUCUCAGUUUCACUAACCUCACUUACUUCAAGAAUUGUAUUAACAAAGUUUAUUUGGGAUAGUCAUAGAGCUGACGGUGUAAUAUUAUUCUUUGAAUUUUGGACAGACAUGUUACUGCCCAACUAGCAAAGUAGUGCUAUAAGCAUUUGGUAAAGAACCGUUCAGCCAUAAAAGCUCUCUAUUGUUGAACACCAAAAUGCUGGCAUAAUGUUGUGUGGAAUGCAAAUUUGUUUUCUGCGACAUAUUUGCUCUAAAAUGGGGUGUUUAAAAUAUUCUUAUAGCGUAGGUAUACAACACCUUAUAGGACAAAUUUUUAACUGUUGCAUAAACGUUUAUACAACUACUUUAUACGGCAUAUUUGCACGUUAGUCAAAAUGGUUGUGUUGUGGCAUCCAUGGUAACGUUUAUAAAACAAACCCGAGCCUUGUUGUUUUGCUGUGCAGAUUUACUACUUUAGCUGACAAAUUGCUCCCAACGGAAGCACAACUGUUGUUUAGUAACUGUUAAAGGCUGUACAUAUGCAACAAUAUUACAACUUUUGUAGUACAAAAUUGCUGUGCUCGGCAUAAAUUUGUUGCUAAAUAUGUUGGUAUACAACUUCACCAUAACCUAACUUUCUGCUGUCAUAUUUUUGUUAAAAUGCCAUAACCAAUUUUUAAGACAAACUACGCAUGCAUAUUGGUUCAAAAGGUUUUAUCAACUGUUCAAACAGAAGAUAUAGAUCUGGUACAUAUUCUGUCUCGACUGUUGUAUAACACCUGCUGACAACACCAAAAUAUUCUAAUAAACUAAAGACAACAUCGACGAUGCCAUGAUUAUACACAACCACCCGCCAAAUUGGACCAACAUUUAUUCCUCUAUUUAAUAUUAAAUAAUUAUAUUUCAGUUCGAAAUUACAGAUAUGAAGUGAUAAACAUUAGUAUAAUUGUGUCUAAAUAUAGGAUUUGUGGAAAAUUUAACGCAGAUAAGUUCAGUUUUCCAUCUUAAAAAUCUAGACAUACUUUUGAUCAUCAUUAAAAUAUGAAUGAAAUACGAAGCCCGUAGAAAUUGCGUAACUACUUUGCACGAGAAUCACGAUAUAAUUUGCUGCGCAAGUAAUUCAAUAGCCCUAUAGCACAGAGUAGAAGUAAGUUUAUCAUAUACCUGUGUAUGAAAUUCACGAUGGCAGAUAUUUAAGUAAACAAGAUGACUGUAGUGUGUUAGUUAUACGAGGGAUAUCUUUUAAGUUUUGCAUAUGGAAAUAAAACAACACGGUAGGUAGUUUUAAAUUACUUUAUUGUUUUUCGAAGUAUUCGCCACCAAGAUUAAUACACAUCUGCAUGCGCUCGAACCAAUUUUCGAAGCACUUAUUCCACUCGUUUGCUGGCAGAUCCAAAACGGCAUUUUUGAAUACGUCAACUGCUUCUUCUGUCUGUUUUUAAUUUUCGGGAAAGUAAAGAAAUAGUUAGGACUUAGAUCGGGACUAUAUGGAGGAUGGUCCAAUAAUUCCAC